GCCGUCACGACAAUAUCGCGACCGCAGAUCUCCAGACGUCGCGACGCGCGAUUCUCACGUGUGUCCAAAUUUUUAACUUAAUACAAAAAAUAAACAAUUAUUAAACCUUUACCAACAAUUUAAAUAAAGAAACAAACAAGAAUUAACCAACAUGUCCAUGGAUAUUCAGAGUAUUACGUAUUAAAAAAAAAUCUAAAAAAAACUUUAAAAAAAAUAUCGAGAAGUCAAUUAAAAUGUUUCGCGUCAAUUUAGCAAACGCAAUUGCCGGCUGUGCUUCGCGUUUCCGAUUUUUGCUGGAAAAAGAGAAAACGUAGGAAGAGUAGGGAAUCAGAGAAAGAGAGUUAUAAAAAAAAUAAACGUUCUAAAUUGAAAUACAAACGUUUGCAUGCAUGACAGUGAUAAUUGCGGAUCGCAGACUAUUAUAAAAACAAGGUACAUUAUAUAGUCGUUUACGAACUAGCUGUAGCCAACGAAUUUCCCGAUGGAGGACAUGUCAUCAACGGUGGACGGUGGACUGGAAAGUAAUGUUAAAGAGGAGAGGAGACUAAUGAAGCGAAAAGGGGGUUGCAGACGAAGAGGAGGCUUUUAAUUAAUAUUUGCUGCGAGUGGAGUGCGGUUUCGGUGCGGUCGGUGGGGGCUGGUGUGUCGCGCCUAAUUAAAAGGGAAAGAGAAAGGAAUUCGCAAAAAAAAACAUGACCGAGAUGGUGCUGCUGCCGGAAGUGAACAGGAGUGAAUUCGGAGCGAACAAGAGCGGCUUCAGCAGGUACGUGAACAGUACUCACCUGUCGUAUUCGUCGUCAGUGUCGGUGCUGGAGGAGGGUAGAUCCUUUCUGCUCGGCCUGUUCCUCGUCUUCAAGACGACCGUGAUGCUGAUGAUCAUCAUGGCAGCGCUCUUCGGAAAUCUCCUGGUCAUAGUCUCCGUGAUGAGACACAGGAAGCUGCGCGUCAUCACCAACUACUUUGUAGUUUCAUUGGCUUUAGCUGAUAUGUUGGUGGCGAUAUGGGCGAUGUGCUUCAACUUCAGCGUCGAAGUGACUGGAGGCCGUUGGGUCUUCGGCUACUUCAUGUGCGACGUCUGGAACUCUUUAGAUGUUUACUUUUCGACUGCAUCUAUUCUACAUCUCUGCUGCAUCAGCGUGGAUAGAUACUACGCCAUCGUCCAACCUCUGGAUUACCCUUUGAUCAUGACCAAUGGCAGACUCGCCUUAAUGUUGGCUGUGGUCUGGUGCAGCCCGGCCGUUGUCUCCUUUCUACCCAUCUUCAUGGAGUGGUACACCACAGAAGAACACCUAGACUUCCGCAGAAAGAACCCACAGGUCUGCUCAUUCACAGUGAACCGCCCAUACUCCGUAAUCUCAUCCAGUGUCAGCUUUUGGGUUCCGGGAAUGGUGAUGAUAUUCAUGUACUACCGCAUCUACGUCGAAGCUGACCGUCAGGAACGCAUGCUCUACAGGAGUAAAGUGGCGGCAGCCCUUCUGAACAAGCACCUGCAAAUCAAUGGAAUUUCGGCUGGACUCACCUCCUUGAGGCAAUCCGUUGAUGCAGAUCUAGCUGAAGUGAAAACGGAUCCAGGCACCAGCAAGAUGAAGAGGGAAAGGAAGGCCGCUCGAACACUGGGCAUCAUCGUGUCCGCUUUCCUCGCAUGCUGGCUUCCAUUCUUUCUAUGGUACGUGAUUUCGACGUUGUGCGGGACAACGUACUGCUACAGUCCACCAUCCGUGGUGACUCUCGUCUUCUGGGUGGGCUACUUCAACUCGGCGCUGAACCCGUUGAUCUACGCCUACUUCAACCGCGAGUUCAGGGCCGCUUUCAAGAAGACCCUUCAAUCUUGCUGCCAGUUUGCCUCGCGGCUGACCUGCGUCCGUCUGUGGAGGCCGCGCCGCGAUCACGUCAACUACAGCAACGCCUCCAGCGACAUCCACAUGAACAAUCACCUGGUGACGACCGGGGCGACCCUACGCCUACCACCGACGGGCGCGACCUCCUUCGAUCCCCGCCUCAUCAGCAACGUCUCUGAGGGUGAGAUCAUCAAUCUGCAGACGCAAAGCGAGGCGGUCAUUUAAUUUCAUUUAUACAUCAUUAUUUGUACAUAUCAUUUACCCUAACUCACUCCAAUUUCAAAAGGAGAAAAAAAGGAAAAAAACGAACAAAAAAAACAGAUUUAAUGAGGUAGGUAACAUGUAAACCAAAGGAAGCUCAAUUCUCGUUUAUAAUGCAUACAUUAAGUCAUAUUUAAUGUGCGCGAGAGGCAUGGCCAAAAAUCAAUCAAUCAUUAAGUGAAUUGUUUUGAAACCAAAGAGAAAUGCACAUAGUCAGUAUCCGUUUCUCGCUUAAUCAAGGAAUACACUUAACACGAUGCGGUUUGCAAUUAACUCCAUCCCGUUCGACACUAAAUGAAACACGUUAUUUGAUGACAGGGUAUUUAAUGGAAAUUAAUUCUCGUCUCCACUAAACAGAUAUAUAUAUUUUCCGCGAAAAUUAAUAUUAAGUUAUUCAAAUCGCAUUCCUGGCGCCGCUCCAAUGCGUAUCAAUUUACAUUUUCCAUCGCGGAAUUGGGGCGCAUCCAUAUUAUUUACUUUGAACUAUUUCUAUCCAAUUGCGUUUCCUCUGCAAUGCCGAUGGUGAAAAUUCAUGUACUGCUGAAUCUAGUUUAAAAUCAACCACAAUCAAAACGUAUCUCCAAGAUUUAAUAUCAUAUAGAAACAUCAACCCCUAGAAAAUAAAAUCUUGUAUAUUAUAUAAAAAAAUACUAUUUUUUUUUUCUUGAUGAAUUUUCGGGGGUUGAACGUUUGCAACAUCUGUGCCGUGCCGUCUUUCAUCAUCAUUCCUUAUGUAGAAAAAGAAAAAAAUAGCACAAGAUGAAUAAGGAAGGUAAAGGAUGAAGGGGAUGGGUACUCUAACGCUCGAGCUGUUCUCUAAAAACAGGAA